UUGGAUUUCCCGUAGUUAUCACCGGACGCAUGCGUAUUUCACUGUUCAAUGUCACCGCAACAAUUGAACAUGGCUGCCGUGGGUUUCAGAAAUUGGGCUCGAGCUCUUUCCAAGGGGAAACAGCCAGGCUUCUCGGCGCUUUCUCCCAAGUCAGAGCAGCCUCUGGACCUUCCAAGGGCAUGCUGCCAGGGCCAUACCCCAAGACGCCCGAGGAGAGAGCAGCUGCAGCAAAGAAGUACAACAUGAGGGUGGAGGAUUAUGAACCAAUCCCGGAUAAUGGCGAGGGGUAUGGGGACUACCCACAAUUGCCAGACAGAUCCCAGCAUGAGAGAGACCCCUGGUAUUCCUGGGACCAUCCAGACCUGAGGAGGAACUGGGGAGAGCCGGUAAGAUAG